AUGGAUUGGACGCUUAAUAUUUUUACCCUCAAUUGCUGGGGAAUACCAGUUGUGUCUAAAAAUCGCAAAGAAAGAAUACAAGCUAUUGCCAAAUAUUUGAUGAAUAGUCCUCACACAAUCGUUUGUCUACAAGAAAUCUGGAGUGAAAAGGACUUUCUAUUUUUAAAGGAAAGUCUUAAGGAUACCUUGCCUUUUUCUCAUUAUUUUUACAGUGGUGUCCUUGGCUCAGGUUUAUGUGUUUUCUCCAAAUGGCUAAUACAGGAUGUAUUCUUUCAUCAAUGGCCUCUCAAUGGCUAUAUCCAUAAGAUCCACCAUGGUGAUUGGUUUGGAGGAAAAGGAGUUGGUUUAUGUCGUAUACGAUAUAAAGAUAAGAUAAUAAAUGUAUAUUGCACUCAUCUACAUGCAGAAUAUCAUGAAGAUGAUAUGUACUUAGCGCAUAGAGUUCUCCAAGCAUAUUCAACAGCAGAAUUUGUCAAUUUGACAACAUCUCCUGCUGAUGUUUCAAUUCUAGCUGGUGAUUUAAACACAGCUCCUGGAGAGUUAUCUUUUAGACUUGUUUCACAAUUGCCUUCAUUAUUGGAUCCAUAUGAAUUGAAAUGUGAAGGUAAUAAUCCAGCUAUUGCCAAGCCCUCUGGCACAUGUGAUAAUGUGAACAACAGUUAUUCUGACUCCAAAUUAACUAAAAGUAUGCCUGAAGGGAAAAGAAUUGAUCACAUACUUUUCAAAGUGAGUUCUUCAUGGGAGGUUGAUGUUAUCAAUUUCGGAAAUCCAUUGGAAGACAGGGUACCCGGUGAAGAGUUCUCAUACUCUGACCACAAUGCUGUGUCUUUAGAAAUAUGCAUGAAAGUGAAUAGUGAAAAGAAAUCUUGUAAUAAAUCUAAUCUCUUUGAUGAAACUAUAGCUCAAGCUAUUGAAGUGUGCAAAGAAGCUACUGUCACCAUAAACAAAUCGAAACGCUUGUUUCUUAUAUCUGGUGGUAUUCUAUUUAUGUUCCUAUUGGCCUUGUUCGUGGAGUCUUCGUCAGUUACCCCAAAGCGGACGUCACCAUCAAUCCAGGUCCUUUUGAAGAAUCUGCUCUUUCAUUCAGCCCUAGAGGCGAUAUUGUUG